UGGUAAUACAUUGACCUUGAAGCCUCAUUCUGACGUCAUCCUGAGAUCGACUCUUCGAACACACCACACCACAUUCACCAGCAUCCACAGCACACACAAGCUCUCCGCUGCCCAUAGUCUCGUCGCCAACAGCAUCAUCUAUCUGUGAAGUGGAAUAGGUUUGUUGGGUUCCACCAUUCUUCUUGAAAUAAUUGAAUUCGACAGCAACAGCAAUAAUGCCACCGCGACUACCUCCACACCUGUGGAUCCCCAAGUCUCCCACGACGUUUGGUCCUGCCAAACAUCUGACACCAUCUCGGAAUCGCAAGGAAGUGUUGAGUUUAUACCGUGAAAUUCUCCGAACCGCCAAACAUUUUCAUUGGAAAGACGAAAACACGGGACAACCAUGGAACAAGCUCUUGAAGGACAAGGCUCGAGCCGAGUUUGAAGAAGCACGCAACGAAACGGAUCCCUUAAUCAUUGCUCGAUUGCUCGUCACUGGGAGGGACUGUGCGCAACAAAUUCAAAACAAAUUCAACGAUGCCACCAAUGCCGCAUGGGCACGAAUCGAACGAGAUUCUUCCAGGAGAUAAUUGACAGAAAAUUAGCUGGCUUGAGCGAACUCGUUCCUCUACUGUACUUGGCAUCUGACAUCCUGCCCUCGAAAAGAACAAGUUUUGUUACAAGGACAAUCCGCAAAAACUGA